AUGGCUCUCCGAUUGCCGGCGGACAGGAACCAUUACGUUACCACCCAAGAUGUUUACAACCUACUGUUGCUCGGAUGCCACGUUGGCCGGACAGAUAUUUUCAAGCAUGUUUUGCCCUAUUUGGGAUGGCGCAUGCAGUUCCCCAACUGCCCCGUUGCCUCUGGCGACGCAACGUAUGCCAUCAGUGAGACCGGACAGCUUGUUUGCUGCUUCGGCAGAAACGAGAUUGAUUUGCCACCAGACCUCGGUCCGGUGGUGGCCUUGGCUGCCGGAGAGCAUCACAUCUGUGCCGUGAAGGCGACUGGCGAGCUGGUUUGCUUCGGGAAAGGUAUUCAUAAUCGCUAUGUUAUUUUCAGUCAGUGCGAUGUGCCUCCCGACCUCGGUCCGGUGGUGGCCGUGGCUGCCGGAGGACAUCACACCUAUGCCGUGAAGGCGAGUGGCGAGCUGGUUUGCUUCGGAGCCAGUUGGUUUGGUAAGGUGCCUCCCGACCUUGGUCCGGUGGUGGCCGUGGCUGCCGGACAAGUUCACACCUGUGCCGUGAAGGCGAGUGGCGAGCUGGUUUGCUUCGGAGGUAAUAACCGGGGUCAGUGCGAUGUGCCUCCCGACCUCGGUCCAGUGGUGGCCGUGGCUGCCGGAGCACAUCACACCUGUGCCGUGAAGGCGAGUGGAGAGCUGUUUUGCUUCGGUUGCAAUGGGUUUGGUCAGUGCGAUGUGCCUCCCGACCUUGGUCCGGUGGUGGCCGUGGCUGCCGGAUCAAACCACACCUGUGCCGUGAAGGCGAGUGGCGAGCUGGUCUGCUUCGGUUGCAAUCGGUUUGGUCAGUGCGAUGUACCUCCCGACCUCGGUCCGGUGGUGGCCGUGGCUGCCGGACCAUUUCACAACUGUGCCGUGAAGGCGACUGGCGAGCUGGUUUGCUUCGGAGACAAUCGCUUUGGUCAGUGCAAUGUGCCGCCAGGCUUGCAGGUUCGGCUUGUCCCACAGUCCAUCCGUGCACCCACCCGCGAUCCCAUCCACGAGGUGCUGCAGGCCGUGCAUCACAGCGAGCCUCCCGCUGAAAUCUCGGCAGAGGAGGGCGCUACAAUCGUGGCGGAACAGGAGGCAUCUUGGAUCGAGCACAACAUCGGAUCCGGGUGGCACGGCAACAACUUGCAGACUCAGAUGCAUGUUGGACCCACUCGUGUGGUGCAUUUGACGUUGAGCCGCUCGCAUCGCCAGCUGGACAUGGAUCUGGCGCAUUCGCCGGCCUUGCGGCCAUGUUGA